CCAGUGUUGUGUGGAACUUUGGUUACGUCUGGCUUCAGCGAUGUCCACUACGGUCAAGCCUACGACCGCGACCCCGCCGUUUACCACGGACGAGCUCACCGUGAUUGUGGCCUCAUUGUCAUGUCUGCUGUUUCUGCUGGUGAUCAUGAUGGUGUUGUGUCUGCUCUAUCGCAGAGAUCCCCUCUGCUGCAAGGUGCGGGAGUACCGUGAGUCACACACAGACCUGGCUACAAAUCCACAGUAUUAUAGCAGCACACAGACGCUGGUUGGCCCGCCAUGUUCUCAACACAUGAGCCACGAGAACACACACAGACAGCAGUCAGAUUCGCUGUUUCUGAUUGGCCUGCCCUCCAGCUAUGGUCUUCCCUCAUUGGCCGUGCCGCGGCUGCCGUCCUAUGAGAGCGUGCGCAAGAAGGACCGCCAGCGCCAGAUCCACAUGCUCAUCGCCGACCGCUUCGGCCUCAACGGGCCCUACGUCUCCGAGCCCCCGCCAUCCUAUGAGGAGAGCGUCCGACACUCCGUGGAGAUCCCCUCUGAUGUGAUUGGUCCCUUACAUGACCCCAGCGAUGCGAUUGGUCCUUCGGAGGUUUCCUGUGAUGUCAUUUGUCCUUCGGAGGUUUCCUGUGAUGUCAUUGGUCCUUUACAGGGCCCUGAUGGUGUGAUUGGUCCUUCAGAGGGCUCCUGUAAUGUGAGUGGUCCUUCGGAGGGCUCCUGUGAUGUCAUUGGCCCAUUUCAAGCCCCUGGUGUUGUGAUUGGUCCAUCAGUAAUGGCCGGUUCGUCCAGUCCUCCCUGUGACAUGACUGGGGCGUUGGACACUUGCAGUGACAUCACUACUCAUUUGCCGGCUCCCUGUGACAUGAUUGGUCCACUAAACGUUCAGCCACACGGGAUUGGUCCAGUUUCUGAGCUCCCAGAUACACACACAGAAAACCCAUGA